CGGCGGGUGCACACGGGAGAACGGCCCUUCGACUGCUCGGACUGCGGCAAGAGUUUCAAGACGGCGGAUGUCCUGGAGACCCACCGGCGGUUGCACACGGGCGAGAAGCCCUAUGGCUGCUCCACAUGUGGCAAGAACUUUGCCUUGUUGUCUAGGCUACGGCAGCACCGGCAGUUGCACACGGGCGAGAAGCCCCAUGUCUGCUCCACCUGCGGCAAGAGCUUUGCCUUCUUGUCGGGGCUGUGGGUGCACCAGCGGGUGCACAGCAGUGAGCGGCCCUUCACCUGCUCCGACUGCGGCAAAGGCUUCAAGUCGUCCAGGGAACUGAAGGUGCACAGGCACGUGCACACCAGCGAGCGCCCCUACACCUGUAGCGACUGCGGCAAGGGCUUCACCCAGUACAGCGGCCUUCAGAAUCACCAGCGCACCCACACCGGCGAGCGCCCCUACACCUGCGCCCAGUGCGGCAAGGGCUUCACCACCUCCACCAGGCUGCUGAUACACCAGCGCUCCCACACUGGCGAGCGCCCCUACACCUGCGCCCAGUGCGGCAAGGGCUUCACCUGCUCCUCCAACCUGCUGGUGCACCAGCGCACCCACACCGGCGAGCGCCCCUACACCUGCGCCCAGUGCGGCAAGGGCUUCACCAACUCUGGCUCCCUGCAGAGUCACCAGCGCACCCACACCGGUGAGCGCCCCUACACCUGCGCCCAGUGCGGCAAGGGCUUCACCCAGUAUGGCAGCCUGCAGAAGCACCAGCUCACCCACACUGGCGAACGCCCCUUCACCUGCGCCCAGUGUGGAAAGGGCUUCACCCAGUAUGGCAGCCUGCAGAGGCACCAGCUCACCCACACUGGCGAACGCCCCUUCACCUGCGCCCAGUGUGGAAAGGGCUUCACCCGCUCCGCCACGCUGCUGGUGCACCAGCGCACCCACACCGGCGAACGCCCCUACACCUGCGCCCAGUGUGGCAAGGGCUUCACCCAGUCCCCCAACCUGCUGAAGCACCAGCGCACCCACACCGGCGAGUACACCUGCGCCCGUUGCAGCAAGGGCUUCACCAAUUCCAGCAGCCUGCAGAAGCACCAGCGCACACACACCAGCGAGCGCCCCUUCACCUGUGCCCAGUGCGGCAAGGGCUUCACCCAGUCCUCCAACCUGUAUAGGCACCAACGCACCCACACCGGCGAGCACCCCUACACCUGUGCCCAGUGCGGCAAGGGCUUCAUCUGCUCCAUCAGGCUGCUGUCCCACCAGCGGGUUCACACCGGUGACCGUCCAGUCCCCAGCCCGACAAUCAUGCACUCGUACUAUUCGGCGGUCUCUGUGUCCACCUACAACAUUCUCUGGGGCUCUGCUGCCAUUUACAGUGUGAACGGGCGCUCGCCAGUGUGGGUGCGCCGGUGCUCCAACAGCUUUUUAGAACUGGUGAAGCCCUUGCCGCAGUCGCUGCAUGUGUAG